AGAGCUACAGCUGGAUUCAGAAGAACCAGACUAGAACUCACAGAGGGUAACUUGGACAACAACCACCCCAGCACCUCCUCUUCUAUACAUUCAGAGAAUCCUGUUUCCAUGGACAUGAACUCCUCACCACCGGUAACACAUGACUCAUGUAGCAACAAUCAAAGCCUAGAGGGUCUUUAUUGCUCAGAGACCCACGUGGAAGAAGAGGAGGCUGCUGAGGGAGAUCUUAUUUUGAAGACUGAAGAUGAGACUGGAGGACAAGAACAAGAUGAUGGUUGGAGAGACGUCUGUAAUGAAAWAGAUGAAGGAGGAUGGGAAGUGAAAGGUGAAGAAGAACCGGACCAGACAGGAAAUGGAGAUGAGGAAGAAAGGACUGAAAACCUGGGGAACGUAGAAGAAAAUGAAACAGUGGAUGAAUGGCUAACAGAGAAAAAACAAGAUUCAUCAUCAGAUCUACUCUUUAAUGAAAAUCCAAACUACCUUUUGUUUCAGCAGCCAGCUGUCACAUCGGAUCCUCCAGAAGCUGCCUUGCAGGAGUCCUGGAGAUGGGAGGACUCUGGAAAGACAGAUGCAUUUAGCAACGAUCACCUUAGUGACUGCCUUCAGGCCAAACUAGCCAUUGUUUACCCUGAGAGUGAUGCAGAGGAGGACCAAUGGGCAGCCUUAUCCUCCUGUGAGAACACCAGCCACAUUGAGGAAAGUGACAUAAUGACUGAUAGCACAUAUGAUACAGAGAGCAAGGAGGAUGGAAUAUUUAGUGUAGAAAUAGAGACGAGAGUGGAGGAGCAGGCAGAAGAGGAGGUGAAAGGAGAAGACCAGGAGGAUGAUGAAGACCAGAUGAAGUCAGGAAGAGAUCUGACCCUGCAGUCUCCUUCUAUCAGCUCCAUGACCAGCUCAGUGGACUCUGACAGGAGAAUUCCUUUAGAUUUCUGUGUGCAACAGGAGACCMUCAGCGAGAACGUCUCCACAGAACAUUUGGAUUUUCUGUUGGCGAGGAAGCAGUGGAAGAAGAUGGAGGAGGAGGUCAAAGGUCAGCCCAUCCCCAAACCAGGACUCAAAGCUCAGGGGAGCUUUCAGGGCACCCACUCUGCAUUAUACCCACCUACUCGCAGCCCCCGCCUCCAACACAGGGGAAUUCAACCUCAAGUGUCCAAGGAGCCUCCUCCUUCAUCCACCUUGUCCCAAGGUUCAGAGGACACAGGCUUGGAUGAUUUUUUGUAUCGCAGCCCCCUGGAGGAACCAGAGAGUGCAGUGGAGAAGGAGAUCCGRCUGACUCUAGAGAGGGAGGAGCGGCACCGCAGGGAGAGAGGAAUGAUUGCACAGGGCCUUACAAUAUCUCCACUGCAGACAGGACGUUCCCCACCCAGACCUCCAGCCUGCCGCACCCCUACUCUGUCCAUCUCUCCWUCCCCCUCCUGCUCCUCCUCUCUCUCUCAGUCAACAUUUCAUGAGCUGACAGCCAAUAACGUCAUCAUCCUGGAGCCCAAUUCAUCCACAAACCGCCUCUUCCCCUCUGGUACUGGUGGUCUCUGUAACUGGCCCACUAGUCUUUACUCUGCGUCCCCGGCUAACGUGGUAGUGGUGGAAACCUCCAACCUGAUCAUUCGCAGUGCUUCUGAGUUCUGUCUGAGCUCAGUGCCUGCAUCUGCUGAAAGGCAGGAGAGCACCUUCACAUCCAACCCAUUCUUCAAGCUGCGCUCCAUAAGCAGCCAGUCACUGGUGGAGCAAGAGAUUCAAAUGGUGAGGCAGAGAGAGGAGGAAUGGAGGAGGCAGCGGGAGGAGAUGUGGAGGAAACAAAAAAGAGAGGARGAGUGGAGGAGAGGGAGAGAGAGAUACGACACUGUGCUGGUGUCCCCGGCCCUGAGUGAUAAUAUCAGUUUCAGUGUGCCAGAGGUUCCACACAGAUGUGUCUCCUCUCCRUCGUCCCCGUCCAGGCCCCGCAAAAUACAACGAUCCAGUUUGUCAUGUGACCACAAGUUUCCCACUUCCCUGUCUUCAGUGCCUCAGCGGCAGAACGCCAUGGCGCAACGAUGGGAGGCCACCCUGUUAGCCAAUCAGAAGGAGGAGUAGGAUAUUUGCUGCCACACAUGUUCCAUCCUCACCGUGUCCAGGAGAAUCAGGAGGUCUGAGYUUGGUCCUGCCAGCAGCCAUUGUCUUUGUUAUUUUCAACGCUGCAUAUUAGAUGCCAAGAUGGAUGAAAUGUCAGUUUUGUACAUGUGAAGAAGUGUGACGUGUGCUUUACUGCUAGCUUUCUUUGAACUGUAACAGUAAAUGACCUGCUUUAGGUUACUGUGUGUUUUAAAGUUCAAAUGUUUACAUGCAAUCACAUGGAACUGCCACACACUGUUCUUCAGUCUCUCCUGGUUUCUGCACACUGCCACAUGUGUUUCAUAAAAGGGAUGGGGCACAGUUUAACUGUAGUUCUCCUACAACAUGUAACCAUUAGUCCAAUCACAUCACAGUAUGUGUUAUUCUACAGGUAAUAUUUGUCACAUUUUGAUUUGUAGGAAGUUAUGGUUAUUGCACAAUUGUUUCUUUGAUGUUUCAUGUUUUUUAUGAAUGACYUACUCUAAUGCAGUAAUUUACAAAUGUUUCCUGAGGAGUCACAUUUUCAUGUUAAUUUUGUUUUGUAUAAAAUGUUAUAUAUAUUGCAUAUUUAAUCAGCCGCUUUUGAAGUAUUAUCUAUAUGCAGGGAUUGAUCACAUGAGUGCAAAACUUAGCAUGUUCUACACAUUUGGACUGACAGUUCUUGUAAACGAUGAGUGUGGAAAUGAUUGAUGAAGUGAAACACUUCUGAGCCACUUUGGAUGUUUCCCACUUGAGUGUUUUCUCAGUGUUGUGACACGGUAAAACAUUUAGCUCAGGACUUUAGUUAUACUUCUCGAGUCAGCUGUUAAGUUUUCUUAUAUUUUUGAAUCCUAAAGUUAUAUACUAUAGAGCAGUGGUUUCCAAAGUUGGGCUCGGGACCCUACUGUGGGUCAUGAAACAUCUGGUGAGGUUUCCCAGAUCAUGUCAGACAUCAAUUUAAGAGCAAAUAAUUUGUUAAUAGAAUCAAAAAGAAAAAAAAUACGAAGGUCCUCUGGAUGGGUUCCUGUCUAUAAGAACCUGUCCAGAGGACCCCA